AUGAAUAGUUUAAAUGUUGGUGAUAUUGUUCAGAAUUCUAUACAACGUGCAAUUGUACGUUGGAUUGGUUUGAUCGAAGAAAUUUCAGUAAUUGGAUUACAAUUGAUUGAUUCAACAUUACCAGGAUAUACAGAUGGUGCUUGUCCAUAUGAUAAUAAACAUUAUUUUAAUUGCCCAUAUGGACAAGGUUAUUAUGUUGUGAAAACUAAUUUUAUUGAUUCAUAUAAAAUUAUUCAAAAGAAUACAGAGAUUAGCAAACCUAUUAUUCCAAAUGAUCAACUUAAAACAACCGAACAAUUUUUAUCAACAUCACCAACAUCGCAACCAGUUUUAUCAUCAUCUUCGCCAUCUGUUUCUCAAACUCAACACAAUUCAGAUAAUAAUCAUGGAAUCUCAUCAUCUCGAGGUGUUCUUAGUCGAUUAGCAUUUGAACGAAAACUUCAAAAAUCUCCAUCAUUAUCUGCAAAUAAAAAUCUAUCGUCUCAGUCAUUAUCAAACGAGCCAAAUAUAUCACCGUCACGAACAUAUCAUCCAGAAAAUUAUAGAUCAACAUCAUAUGAUACAACUAAAGAAUCAGAAAUUUAUGAAUUUACUACAUAUGAUGAUAAUAAUGAAAAUAGAAAUAAAUCUUCUAAUUUACAAAUAAUAAACAACAACAAUAAUAAUCAAUUAUUAUCAUUUGGUCAUGAAUAUUAUCUUAAUAAAUGGACAUUUAAACGAAUAAAAUCUUUAUUAGAGAAUGAAAUUCCAAUAGACAAUCAAUUUUGUUUAAAUAUCUGUAAUAAUGAAUGUAAUGUACAAAAUUUAAUUGAUGAACAAAUAAAUGGAUGUCUUUCACUUAUACCUCAUACACCACCCACUGAUAUUCGUAUUGAACUUAUUAAAAUAUAUGAUAAUGUUGAAAUUGUAUUCCUAUCACGAGCUAUUCAUUUACAUGAUAAUGAUUAUUUAUUACUUGCUAUAUUAUGUUCAAAUAGUCAAUGUGCUUAUGUACGAACACAAAAUGGCUGGGCAUAUACAGAUGAUGAUAGUGAUAAUGGACAAUUUAUUAUUGUUGAUGAAAUCUCACAAAUGAUUGAUGAGUCUAGUACUGAUAUACAUUAUAAAUCCGAACAGUGUCUUCAUGUCCUCAAGGAUGCUUCCUUUUUAUAUUAUAAACUUGUUGAAUAA